CUGCAGGACGCCCGUGUUUGCAUCUGAAGCCAGCUCAAUAAUUUACAGCCACGCACUCGUGCUCCGCUCCGGCGCGCGCGCGUGGCUCCGGAGCGAGGAGCUCACAGCACGAUGUCACCGGGAUCAAACGGAAUCGGUGGCGUUUCGGUGUAUGCGUAAAGCGGCAUCCGCGCACUGAAGGAACCACGUUCAGAUUUAGUGACGUGAUCAUCCAUUUGACACUGUGACUCACCGGCGCUCGUGAUACAUUCCGCAUCACUUUAUGCAUGGACUCAUGACUCACUUGUUUUUGGAGCAGUGGGAGCAAAUAUUACCAGAGCCACCGAAUCCACCCGCGCGCUACCUCGCGCCGCAAGUCAACGGCGGCAGCCAGCGCUUUGAUCAGGCUAUCAGCUGAUAGAUGACACGUCACACCCUCGCGCGGCUACCGCCCGGGUUUCCCCGCCCUUGCUCUGCGUAACAUGCGGCACAUCGAUAGUAGCAAAUGGAGCGGAGCCACUAUCUCCACUGACCUGGAUUGAGGAGGGUGAGAGGAGAGCACGCAGCGCGGCAGAUGGAGUCGGGACCGGGAGGCCGUGGCUGCGCGUCACAGCUGCUCCUGCACCCUCCGGGCUGGAGGAAACGCGGCGACCUGUCGGACCAACUCCUGUGACCACAUCACACCAUCCUCGGCUCCACGCGGACUGUUGGAGGACACAACAACACGCUGACCUGUACUGAAACCCCGGUCCUCCACAUGGAGCAGGAGGGCGCCUGGUAGAGGGGACAGCAGGGGCCUCAGAGAGCUUCACAACUGAAGUCUAAUUCAACUGAUGCUCAUGGAUCUGAAGAGAGUGCUGUCCUUCCCGCCGUACCCCGGGGACUACCUCCAUCCAGUGGUGUACGCGUGCACCGCGGUCAUGCUGCUCUGCCUCCUCGUCUCCAUCAUGACAUACAUUGUCCACCACAGUGUGAUCCGCAUCAGCAGGAAUGGCUGGCACACACUCCUCAACUUCCUCUUUCACACGGGACUGACGUUCGGGGUUUUUGCCGGCGGCAUCAAUCAGAUUAACUUACCUUUCGUGUGUAAGAUCGUUGGCAUCGUGCUCCACUAUGCCUCCCUGUCGACCAUGCUGUGGCUGACGUUCGCUGCUAGAAACAUCUGUAAGGACGUGUCCAGAGACCCGCUGAGGGCGCAGGACCGGAGCGAGGCGGCCCGGACGCGCUCCAAACCCACCAUCCUCAGAUUCUAUCUUGUGAGCGAUGGCAUCCCGCUCCUCAUCGUCGGGGUAACGGCGGCGUUCAGUUUGGACAACUACGGCAGCCGGGACGACGCUUUGUAUUGCUGGAUGGCCUGGGAGCCGAGCCUGGGGGGGUUCUACGCCCCCGUGGGUCUCCUGGUUUUGGUCAUGUCCCUGUACUUCCUGUGUGCCUACGUGCAGCUCAAACGCCACCCGGAGCGGAAGUACGAGCUGCGGGUUCUGAGCGAGGAGCAGCAGCAGUUGUCGUCCAGCGACACCAACCAUCACUGCCACACGGACGCUGGCGGAGCUUCUGGGUCGGGGGGAGACUGCCCGGCUUUCGCUACCGGUGUUUCGGUGCUGGCCAAUGAGCACUCCUUCAAAUCCCAGCUCCGGGCCACAGCCUUCACCCUCUUCCUGUUCCUGGCUACCUGGGCUUUGGGGGCACUGGCCGUGUCCCUGGGCCAUUUUCUGGAUAUGAUAUUCAGCUGCCUUUAUGGGGCCUUUUGCGUCACUCUGGGACUCUUUCUCCUCAUCCAGCACUGCGCCAAGCGCGAUGACGUGUGGCACCGCUGGUGGGCUUGUUGCCCGUCAAAAUCCAAGGCCGACGACGGAGAUGGGAACGGACAGUGCCAGAGGCAGGAGCUCCAUCAGCCACACUGUCACCUCAACUCCCCCUGCUCGGGCAAGCAGCCGCUUCUCUCUCCUCACCUUUUGCAGAGCUCCCACCACAAAAUGACCCCCCCUCCCCAGAGCCCCGCCCCCAACCACGCCGGCCCGUGCUGCGUGGCUGUGAUGGGCCCCGUCGCCCCGACCGCCAUGUCGUCGCUGGCCGAGCCGGUCCCGUCGCCUCGUCCCCAGUCGCUCCCCGACGAGCUCCCUCGCCCCGUCCUGCCGCUGCAGAGCCACCUCGUGGACCGGGCGAAGUCGCGCUCCUUCAACCGCCCGCGCCCGUGCCUCCAGGACUACCGCUCCCACAUGGCCUCCACCAGCAUGGACGGCAGCGCGCACGGCUCCCACCUGGAGAGCCCCCACGCCGCGCACCACCUCGACGGCCCGCCGUUCGUCGCCGCCGGCCUCCUCCCCGACAUCGAGCUCCCGUGUCCCAGUCCGCACCUGGAGAAGCAGCUGGCCGCCUGCCACGGCCUGCAGCGCCAGACCUCGUGCCACAGCGUGCAAGACUCGGUGGCGUCCUGCCACGGCCACGCGCACAGCGUGCACGACAGCGCGACCUCCUGCCACAGCCUCCUCCUGCCGACUCACGGAGUCCACCCCUGCCAGUGGCACGUGCACAGCACGGCCGAUCACGCCUCCAACGCGAGCUGCUGCGAGAAGCCAGAUCCCUUCGCCUUACAGUACCAGCAGGACCCUGAUGCGUUCAGGUGCCCGUCAAGAACAGCAGAAGGGGAUAAUCUUUGCGUAGAGGUGGAGCAGAGGAGUUUCCCUAGAAACACUCUUCCCCGGCAGCACGCCACCAUCAACCGGCGAGGCACGAUCGGCCGGAACAGGAGCCUGCAGGAGGACGGCCUGUUCGGCUCAGACUCCACAGGAAACAUACGGACUGGUCCGUGGAAGAACGAAACCACUGUAUAGUUUUCUUACACUCGCACAGUACGUGCCAGACUUUCCAGCAGCCCUGUAAUCGAAUUGCUCCGUAAGUGUUUGGGUCUCAUUGCCUUCAGCUUUGCCCUUAAACCACAGGUUGAGCUUUCAGUGAGGCCUUGUAUCCCCAUGAUAUUUCAGAACCCUUUAUGACAAAUUUAUCUUCAAGUGUGCAAUUAGUUUUAUAAGGAUUAUUCAAAUGAAAAUAUAUAUAUAUUCAAAUAAGGUUGAAUUGAUUUUCUGCUCCAUAUGGUUUAAAGGUGCAAUCAGUGGUCGCUGGCUCUAACCCACACCUGCAGUCCAGUUGCCGUUUCCAGAUUACACUGUGAUUUCUUUCAUUAUGACGAUAAUAAAGCAUUCGUGAGUUAUUUCAAAGCUGCUAGGCUAAAUUUUACAUCUUCAUUUCCCACUGUCAGACAAAACACGAGGCCAGGCAACGCCAGCAGCUUCGCCGUGCCGACGUCCACAGUGAGUGACGACAACGGCAACAGAACCUGUCACAUUCAGAGCAACACGAGCGCUUGUAUCGCGACGCGAACGGGCUGCAAACGUGGAUUUAUGCUUGUACGACGCACAAAGUGUCUGCGGAACAAGUCCGAGCUACAUUAUUGAUGGGGCUGCUGAAGAACAGACAACGAGCUUCCGAAACUGCGACAGGCCCACGUCCCCACGUGGACGUUUGGCUCAGCAAAUAUUAGCGUUUGCACGUUCAUCGACCAGACGCCAUCGCGAUCAUUGCCAUUCAUAAAAAUGUGUGCUUCAGUGUUAAGCUCUUCAGUCCGCUGGGGUCUGUGGAAAUGACUGAUUGAAAGGAAACAGCCAGUGUUCAUAUGCAAAGAGGCUGAUUGCACCUUUAAACACUAGAGCGUUUAUAUAUAUACAUAUAUGACAACACUAUGAUUUUAAAUAUAGGUGAUAACCUACUGUAUGUGUAAACACAUUCGAAUCAGUGUGAGCAUGUGUGUGUUUCAUGUGUGCAACAGUGCAUGGGUAGGUACAUACUAAUGUGGUGUGUCUGUGCUAUAAAUGUUUGUUUUACCCAAAUCACAAACUUUAACUUUAAUUUAAGGUUGGUUAUUUAUGAAGAUUUUUUUUUAUGGAGACACUGCUGCCAAAUAGAGUCGAGAGAGGCUCUCGUCUGACAAAUAUUGCACUAGUGUGAGCUAUUGUGACCCUCACUUGGGGAGAUGACUCCCAAAAAAAAAAAACGUUCAUGUGCCAGUUUUCACUGUGAUGAGAAGCCAAUCACAAUUCAUGCUCGAUGAGAUUCUCAUAGUUUGUAGCAUCGUACAAAAGUGAACUCAGGUUUCGGUAGAUCACCGUCGACGACGCUUUCAAGUCGCGCCGGGAACAUUCCGGCGUUUAGCCCAGAGAGGUGUUUGAUAAAGUGACCUACUUCAACGAAUCAGGCCCCGUUUUCUGUUUUAGGAAGUCGGUUGAGUUUAGCUUCAGCCGAGUCAGUGUAGAAAUCACAGAAACAGGCUUUUAUAAAUAAAAUGCAUCUCAGCUUGUUGUGGUCAGUCUUCAGAUCUAAAUCUUGUAUGAUCAGACCACCUGCUAUCUUGCAGCUGCUAAUUAACCCUAUUGUCCAGAUUUGUAUAUAAUGCACCACACAUACUUAUUUACAGAGAAGAUAAUGUUUGAAAAAAUUUAGUAAAAAAAAAUUAGUAAAUUUUCUGUGGAUCACUACAUGAUGCUGCAUGUCAGAUGUUGAUUUGAAGUUGGCUUCACUGUAACUCAGCAUAUUCAUGUCUGACACCAUUUGUAGUAGGAGAUUUGUAGUAAAAAAAAAAGAAAUAUUUUAAACACAAAUUAUAUUUUGUAAAGAUUUUCCUAUUAAAAGCAUUUGUGGAGAUGUGGACUCAAAAAUAAUAGAUGAGCAGUUUUGCAAGAAGCUGAGUACAUUCAUCAAACUGUGGAUUAUUUAAUUAGCUUCAUCCUAGUCUUAUGAGUGUCUAUUCUUUAUUAGACGCCUCUCUGGUUCAUGUGAUUCUUAACGGCACAUUCGGAACAAGUGAGAGCGGGUGUGUCUUAGUUCAACUCAUCCUUUCUUUGAAUUUCAGGCCGUCACAUAAACUAGUGUUAAGAGGGAUGAGUCCAGUCACUCUGUUAUACUAUACUGUAAUUAAUACACAGUUGUUCACUUAUAUGUCAGCGUUUCCCAGUUUAACGUGAGCGUGGGCGUGAUCAUCCAACGACACCAACUUCCAGCCUGAUGCUGAUGACUGUGUACGUGAUGUGUUGGUGUAACCCAGUGUAGUGACAGCUACAAGUGUCUUCCCAGGCCAUUGGCAGGGGUGACUUCAACACUGAAGGCUGCUGUCCAAACAUGAAGCCAUUUUUAUGUGACAUUUCUUUUUAUUUCUCUUGUGGAUCUUCAGCAGUGUAGCGAAAGCGUGGACACCUUGUGCGACAAAGGGAGGACCGAUAUGAGCACCGUGUGUCGUCUGCACUUACAAUAAAGAUUUUCUGUGAUACACCGCA